GCUUUGCGGUGGUACGGUCUGGGGUAAGACGCAUCUUUGUCAGAGGAUCUGCUUUGUGGCUAGCACAACCGAACGCUCUCAGCUCCUGGCACCCUGCUGAUGACAGCGUCCAACUGCUGCUCCACUGAUGUAUCAUGAUGGCAGCAAACAAGAGACAGAAAAUGCAGAAUGGAAGCACAGAGGAGAACGUGCUGCAGAGGGUCUUGCAGCUGCCAGUGGUGAACGCAACCUGCGAAAGCCUUCAGAGGACAUACACCAGCACCAAAGAGGUACACCCACUCGUGGCAUUGGUGUGUGAGGCCUAUGAGAGAGGAGUCAAGGGGGCCAGCUCGCUGGCUGUGUGGAGCAUGGAGCCUGUGGUGCGCAGACUGGAGCCGCAGUUCACAGCUGCCAACAUCCUGGCCUGUAGGGGCUUGGAUCACCUGGAGGAGAAGAUCCCUGCCCUCCAGUACCCAGUGGAGAAAAUUGCAUCUGAAUUGAAGGGCUCCAUCUCCACCCCCAUUCAAACUGCCAGGAGCACCAUUGGCAACUCCAUAGCUGGCACCUUGGACAGGGUCUUGGGGCUGACUGCUGAGGGUUAUGAGCUGACCAAGAGCACAGUAAGAAGCACAGCAGAAUACACCUCUAGCAACCGGGUUAGCCAGAUGGCAGCUGCUGGGGUAGACGGAGCCCUGGGACAGCUAGAGAAGUUGGUGGAGUUUCUCCUGCCAGAAGAGGAGCAUGAGCCAGCUCAUGAGCCCACAAGUGUGCAUGGAUCUGAAGUGACGCCCUUCCAGCCACAGCCUGGCACCUUCACCAGGAUCGGUGCUUUGGCCAGCACCAUCUCCCACCGUGCCUACCAGCAGACAGCCAGAACCAUCCAGCGCACUAGAGCCAGGGGGCAAGAGCUGACCACAUGGAUUCCAGGCUUGAGUGCCGUGGCCAGGCAGAGCACAGCCAAGGCCCAGCAGGUCUUGUAUGAUGUGCAGAAUGCAGCAGCUGGUUGGCUCAGCAAGGAGCAAAGUAAGGAGCCAGAACAGGAGCAAGAGAAGGAGGAGCUGAAGAAAGAAGAAACCAAAGCGAGUGAGAUGGCUGAGGGUGCCAAGACUCCAGGCCUCCUGGGCAGCAUGGCCCAGCGCCUACAAACUGCCUAUCUCUCCACCAUCUCCAACGUGAAGAGGGUCCCCUCUGCUGCCUGGGGGACAGCUGGGGAGCUGCUCCAACUCACCCCCCGCAAGGCAGCUUCCAUAGCCAGAGAGAAGGUGGGCACUCUGGGGGGUGCCCUGCGCAGCGUCACUGGGAGCAUGGUGGAGACACUUUCCUACUAUGUGCCGCUCCCCAGGCUGCUGGCAAAGAAAGAGGAGCCGGCGCAUGAGAAGGAGCCCCCUCCUGAGCCACAACGAGGUCAGAAGGGCUCCAGGCCUGUGGCUCCCCCAUACCCGGAGAAAUCCCAGCUGCGAGGAGACUGGCGAGCCAACCGAGCUCACCAUCCCCUCUCCUUCCUGGGGCUGGAGGAUCCCUUCUUCCUGCAGCCGAGCUCCAUCCAGCGCCAGGCUCCACAGCGGAGUCCAACCUUCGAGCCCGACUACCCCAUGUCCCGCAAAUCUGCCUUCUCCCCCUACAGAGAGGGGCUCAGCACCAGGAGGGUGAGCAAAAAUUCAUACCGCUACAGCCCGGAGCCUGUGUACACCAGGGCUAACUAUAGCAACCUCUACACUAUGGCCUUCAAGAAGGACUGAGCGGGGGCGGGGGCCCAGAGCUCCCUCCCUCCCUGCUUCACACAUGCCAGCCUGCACCUGCUGCGCUUAGCACCUUGUCGAGCAUCAUGCUGUUGGUUUCAGUAUUAGGACCCUCAGGAGUUAAUCUCAAAGCAGUGCUCCCUCUGCACAGCCCCGGCACAGACAAGGGGAGAGCGACGGGGACUUACCUUCACCUCUGGCACCAGGGUCAAGUGCAGCUUGAGGCCAGGAGUGAAAUGAGUUUGACGGUCCCGGCUCAUUCCCUUUUCCAGCAGGCUGGGUGCGUUCAGGCCUGUUUCUGAGUGUCUGCCCGGAAGGGAGCUGGCACGGAGACCGAGACUGAUUUGAGGCCCUGCUUAGUGGGGAGGUCUGCCAUGCAGUAUUACUAUGGCCAUGGGGGUAAAAUGAGGGUAGGGUUGCCAUUUGUGUCACUGUCCAUCCCUCCAAGGUGACCCCACAGGGAAAGAAAUGGGGUUGGGCCCUGUUGGCUUCUUUCUGAAGAGAGGUCACAGAGGGUCCUCAGUCCCUAAUUCUCUGGUGUUUUACAGCAGCCGUAUCAGGAAUGUCAGGGCUGGUCUGUGCUGGUUUUACUGGCGGAGCCAC